AUGUGGACGAUUACUCGGCUUCUCGCCGCAACAGGAUCUAUCAAGCAGGAUGGAGUACAACACUUCAAGCCCUCACCUCUUACCAUGAUGAUGGCAGACCCGAUCAUGGAAGCAACCACUCGAGCCUGGUCAGUGCAAUCUUUGAGAUUGAGCAUCAUGAUGAUGGUCCAAGUUGCUGUGUUUGGACGGUCUGAAAAGCAGUGGCGGGAUCUUAUUGCAUCUGUGGGGCUGACAAAUGUCAACUUCUAUCAGCCUCCUGGAAGCGGCGAGGGUAUUGUUGAAGCUAUAAAAUGA